AUGAAAGCAGCAAGAAUCUAUCCAUCUCUCUUCCAUUCCCUGACCCCCAAUUUUGCUUGGCCGUUGAUUUCACCAACCAGGGAUACGGGCAAGUUCGUCAUUGGAUUGUUCGAGGCGGGUGAGAAGGCGAACGGAGCUCAAGUCCAAGGUGUCAGUAUGUGGACCACACCUAACGAAGUCAUCAAGACGCUGCAAAAGAAGACGGGCAACAAGGCGACUUUCAAUUCGAUCGAUGCUAAGACUUAUGAGAGUUUCCUGCCGGAGAAUAUUCGUAAUGAUCUCAGCGAGAUGAUGCAGUGGAUUGGAGAGUCGGAGUAUUACGGCAAGGGAACGGUGAAGAAUCAGGCUGAGAGUAACGAGUAUUUGGUUAAGGGAUCGAAGUUGACAUCGUGGGAGGAGUUCGUUGCGGAGGAGUUUUAG